GAGAAACAUCAUGACAAAUCUGGAGAAAAACCUUUGAGUCACUCAAAGACUAAAAAGACAUUAAAGAAAAGAAGAACCAAGAAAUCUACAACCUGCACUCAGUGUGGAAAGAGUUUCACAACUAAACAAAAUCUUGAGCGUCACAUGAGAGUUCAUACUGGAGAGAAGCCGUUCACAUGUGAUCAAUGUGGAAAGAGCUUCAAUCAAUCGUCAAACCUUAAAAAUCACCUGAGGAUCCACACCGGAGAGAAGCUGUUCACAUGUGAUCAAUGUGGAAAAACAUUUCUAAGGUCAUCAGUCCUGAAGAAACACCUGACAGUUCAUACGAAGGAGAAGCCACAUUCAUGUUCUGUGUGUGGAAAGAGUUUCUCACUGCUGCAACAUUUACAUACACAUCAGAAAAUACACACUGGUGUGAGAGAGUACAUGUGCUUUGAGUGUGAGAAGACUUUUAUUACAGCCGGUGAUUUAAAAGUGCACCAGAGAAUUCACACUGGAGAAAAACCUUAUGAGUGUUCAUACUGUGACAAGAUAUUCAGUUGUUCAUCAAAUCUGAGAACACAUGAGCGGAUCCACACUGGAGAAAAACCUUACAAGUGUUCACACUGUGACAAGAGAUUCAGUGUGUCAUCAACUCUGAAACCACAUGAGAUGAUCCACACUGGAGAGAAGCCGCACACGUGUGAUCAGUGUGGAAAGAGUUUCUCUUGUAAAAGUCACCUGGAGCGACACAUGAAGAUCCAUGCAGUGGAGAAACCACAUCACCACAGUCUGAAAUCACAAUCAGCUUCUCCCACACUGAAAUUCAUCAUAAAUGAAGCUCCUCCCUCAUCACGCACAUCAUCAGUGAAGCUCCUCCCACAUCAGUUAUCCAAUAAAUACGGGAAUAUUCCCAUCAGACGAGCAUCAGAGCAUCAGGAAGAGCUGAAAUCUGCAAAGACUGAGUUUAUUAAAGAGGACAGUGAGAACAUGAGUGAUCCAGAACCCUGCAGAAUGAAACACACUGAAGAUACUGAAGAACAAAGAGGUUGGUGUUUAUUCUUCAUUCAUUCAUGAUGCUGAACAACAUUCAUGCUAGAAAGAUUCAAACACUUCUGCACAUUUAGAUAAACAGUCAAACUAUGAAAUGGAACGAUCUGUUUUUCUGUCAGUAAAGGGAGGUUUGAGAAAAUUUAAAUAUUAAAUAAUACUAAAUAUUGUUUGAACUGUUUUAUUUUACUGUUUACUGUAAAAUAAAACAGUUCAAUUUACAACAUAACCAUUAUUUUUUAAUAUAUUAACAUCAUUGAUAGUUUUUUCAGGAAUAAACAGUAAACUCCAAACUGUGUCAAGUA